AUGGCUGGUGUAGCCGCUUCGGCGGCGGCGAUGAUCCCGCAACUCGAAGCGGCGCGUAAACUCGCUUUGGGCGAUCCUCAAGUAUACAAUCAAGUCCUCCCUGGCAUCUUACCCAUCAUCGGUCCCUCUGGCCAUGUUGAGGUUCGAAGAUGGGGCGCCGAGUUCCUCGCCGAAGCCUUCGCCAGCCCUUCUCUGCCGAACACACAAAAAGAGCAACUCUCGUCAGAUGUACUACCCACGCUUCGAGCCAUGUUGGAAACGCCGGGGGAGGAUGCCGCAGUCACAAAGAGUGCAGUUCAAGCUGCUGCUAGUUUAUACCCGCUGGUUUUCAGACGAGUAAUUUCACAUCCUACAGAGUCUACAAUAUGGCAGGAAAUGAGCCGGAUAAAGUUGAACAUUCUCCAGCGGAUGGACUCUGCCCCCAUAGCAGUCCGGAUCUGCUGCGUCAAAUUUGUCCAGAAAGUCGUCCAAGUAGAGACUCCUGGUCUGAUAUCAGACCCACGGCGUCCUGAGCAGAAUGAGACCUCGAUUGCGCUUGUCCCACGAAACCAUCCGUUGUUACAGCUCCCCAAUCUCGAGGCAGAAGCGUCCGGUCUGCUGGACAGGUUGUUGAGCGUGUUCCAGGAAAAUUCGAUGGAUCCCAUAUUGGUCGAUGCCACCCUCAACUGUGUGGCCAUCCUCAUCAGGAGUCGGCCUUCCAUAUCUACCAAGAUUGUCUCUGCCAUCCUCAAUUUCAACCCAAUGAAACAGGCAAAUGCUCCCAUGACACCUCGAAAUAUGGUCAUUGUGAGAUCAAUGGAACGAACGACAAGGGCUUUAAUGCGGUGGGCUUUGAGGGCAGUUCCCAAUCACCCGAUGGAACAAAAGAUCCAAGGGUACCUCAUGCGUCUGCAGCAAUCUCGUACCGCGUUCUUCUCUGAAUCCACAGCCCAGAAACGCCCGGCGGAACCUACUGAUGGUCUGGACGAUGCGAAAAGGCAGAGACUGAUGGGGGCAACCCGAAAAUAUCCACCCAUGCCACCUCCGCCAAACACCUUUUCUCAUCUAUUCACCCUCACCGAAGAUACCAGCCUCCAGCAAUUUGAUGUCACGCUCCUCCCGGCCGACAUUGUCAGCACCGUGACCACUGUCUUGCUGCAACAUGUGGAUGCGGCUUCUUUAGAUGAUGCAAUCAAUGCUAUUCGACAAAGGUAUGCCCAUCUACAGAAAAUGACCCAGACGACCCGCGUUCCGGAAGUGCCACUGCUAGGCCCGACCGGUAUUGAUGACGAAGACGACUACGACCCCGAACUAGCUGCUACUUCAGAUCAUGCACUUUCUCAAACCACGGAGAAAGCACUAGAAGAGCUUGCACAGCCCGCGAUCGAGUUAGGGCCAUUUGAGCUGCCUAAGCCACCUCCUUUGAGUAGCGUCGAAGUCGCCACUUUGGCAGACCAGACCAUUGGCCAUGUCUUUCAACUGGUUGCUUCUCUGGAUGCGGCUGGACAGGCUCAUGCGAAGCAGAAGUCAGGUUUGAAUCGCAUAGCUGCUAGCUCCAACGACCGGGAUUCCUGGGCGACAAUCCUCAUGCGGCUCGCAACCAGGGCACCAUCAGGCCUAGAUGAUCUCGCCGGCGUCUUGACCGACGAGGAGGUAGAGACGGCCAGCAACCAACUCAUAAAGCAAGAGAAUGCCGACGAGCCAGCAAACGUCGCCAAUCGGAUCCGUCAAACACUAUUCAUGUACGUCCUUGAAGAUUUCCGACCGCGUCUUAACAUGGCCAUUUCAUGGCUCACCGAAGAAUGGUACUCGGACAAGCUGGCCGCAAAGCUACACCCCGAGCUGGGUCAUCUACCAAAUUACAGCCGUUGGGUGAAUCGGCUGGUCGAUCGUCUCCUCCCUUAUCUCGACGCCCGCGACAAAAACCUUUUGAUUCGCUUCCUUUCCGAGAUUCCCAGCAUUGAUCGUGAAGUUCUUGACAGGGUCAAGACACUGGCUAGAGAUCCUGAAAGGAUCAGCAUGUGUAUUCUUGCAAUGCAAUACCUCCUCAUGAUGCGGCCGCCUGUCCGAGACGCGGUGCUGGACACCAUUGAAAGCAUAUGGCACGAGGGAGAUGAGCAGGUCAAGCAGGCGACCAUCAAAGUGCUUAACAAAUGGCGGCCGGGGUUUUUAGAAAGAGCAGCGAAAAAGGAAGAGGAGGUCAAAGACGAGAGCAAGCCCAGUUUGAAUGGGUUGAAGAGUCCUCCUAUCGAGGCUUUUCCUGGACAGAUGGAUCCAACGAGCAAUGAUCCGAGGCGGAGAAAGCAAAUGGCUGCUGCGACUGGAUAA